AUGGCAGACGCAAUGGCCUCCCACUCGGUUCCGACACGGUAUCUGACACGGUGCCAUUGAAGAUUCUCGUAGUGUGACCUCGUGCUCUCGGAUCCUUCGCUCGAGCGAGUACAGUCGCGAUCACGCGUCCAUCCACAAUCGUAAUCCUCGAUCGGGCUCGAACGCAAAUCCGUCGACGUUGAACUCCGCGUUUCCACCGCCACAGCCGCCGCCGCCGCCGCCGUUGUUCCUGUCCCGCGAACCAUCGUCGUUACGGGUACAAUGGCCGAUGUGGAAGGGAAAAAGCUGACCGAACUCCGGGUUAUAGAUCUCAAAACGGAGUUGGAACGUCGCGGCCUAGACAAAUCCGGCAACAAAGCGGCGCUUCUCGAACGGUUGUCCAAGGCGAUCCAGGACGAAGGGAAGAAUCCCGAGGAGUAUCUUAUCGUACCGUCUGGCGGAUCGUCCAAAAUCAUUCCAAGAAAGAAUGGCGGAGCUUUGACUCAAGAAGAUUCCGUCGAGUGCUCUGAUAAUCAGAAGGAAGAAAAUGGACAGGUGGAGAUAAAGGUGGAGAUAAAAACAGAGCCACUUGAUGAAAAAGAAGUUAUUAAGGAGAUAAAAGAGGAAUUUGAACCUGAAGUUAAGAAUAUUUUUGUUAAGGAGGAGAAGCAGGAAGACAAAGUGCAAGUGAAGGCUACGAGUGAAAGUGUACAGAACACCGACAAGAAGAGCGAGACAGAAAAGACUGUCUCGAAUCAAACCUCGGACGCACCAUCUGCUACUGUCGAAGCAAAUGGAAUUGACAACGAGGACUCGAUCAACUUGACUAUAGGAGAAGAUGAAGAGAAUCUCCUCGCUGAGGAGACAGAAUCUCAUGACAGGCACAAAGAUGGUGGAGAGAAGAAGAAAAUGGAAGAGAACAACAAGAAGGGAGACUCUAAAGGCAGCGGUAGAGCGGAACCUGGCGCCAGCGGCAAGGAAGGGACGACGUCCGGUGCGAACGGGACGAAGAUCAAGCAGGAGGGUGGAGAUGGAGGAAGCAAGAGCGCGGAGUCUAGCAAUAAGGGUCAGAAGAGAGAGGAGAAAGAUAAGAAGACCUCUCAAGUCAAUCCAACCAAUGCAAGCAGCCGCAAUUUGUGGGUAUCCGGCUUAUCGUCGAGUACUCGUGCGACCGAUUUGAAGCAAAUCUUCUCAAAGUACGGUAAGGUUAUAGGCGCAAAAGUGGUGACGAAUGCGAGAACUCCUGGCGCAAGAUGUUACGGCUACGUCACUAUGUCUUCGAGCGAAGACGCUGCGAAAUGUAUACAGCAUUUGCAUAGAACCGAGCUUCACGGACGCGUAAUAUCCGUCGAGAAGGCGAAAGGUGAUACGCAGCAAAGUCACGUACGUAAACGUGAUACGGUUAAUGGUAAAUCGGAGAAGAAGGAGGAAAAAGAAAAGCCGAAAGAUCACGAUAUAAAUGAAAGAAAGGAGAAGGAAAUAAAGAAGGAAUCUGAAGAAAAGGGAGCAGAUGCGACAAAAAAAUCUGAUGAGAAAAACGAUAGUGCCGAGCUGAAGAUAAAAAUCGAGAUGCAAGACAAAAAGGAAGAUCCGCCUAAAGAGUCCGAUUCCCGUUCGACAAAGUCUACUAGCAAAAAGCCGGAGAGCGAGAGAGGAAGACGAGAGGAAAAACGAAUUCGUACCUGGGACAAAGAUCACCGCUCUCAUAGUCGAUCUCGGAGCCGCGAACGACGCAAGCGCGAUGAUGUUCUCACAUUUGCUAAAAUCAGAGAAGAACGUGAACGGCAAAGAUUGCGCGAGAGAGAACGAAUAUUGAGGGAAGAGGAACGAAGAAGAAGAGAAGACAUGGAGCGUCAACGAGAGAUAGAACGUAGACAUCGAGAAGAGGCUGCUCGUUUGGAGAGAGAACGAGAGAAAUUGAGACGCGAGAGAGAACGGAUCGAGCAGGAAAGAGCCGACUUACUGCGACUUGAGCGUGAACGGCAGAAGCUCGAGAGGGAAAAGCUCGAGCGUGAGAGACUGGAAUUGAAGAGACAGCAGAUGCGUUUAGAGGAGAGCCGACGCGUGCCACCGCCACCGUCCAUAAAGAGAUCGUCCACUGACAGGAGAGAUCCGCGGGAUUUGUUCGUGGAGUCCGACAGAAAACGGAUAGCUACAGAACAUAGCCGCAGGCAUAGCCCUGAAAGAAUAGUCGAUAGACGGACCGAGAUGCUGGAACGAGUGUCCGAUAGACGAUUGGAUUCUUCGCCGCCGUCCCGGUACGAGUCCGGCAGAUCUACUCAAGAGUUGGGUUUAAAAAAGGAAUUUAAAAGAAGUAGCGAGUUCUCUUCGAGGAAUAGUCGACCGGAUACCUUUUCCGAUGUUUCACGGGGAAGGGAAGUCAUCGUACGACGAGAAAGUCUAUCUACCACAUCUUCGUCAAUGGAUCCUCGGCAAGUCAAGGAAAGUAAGAUUCUUUGUUUGGAUUACAGAUACGAACGUCCAAACACCACGUCCUAUACUCGCGAACGCGAAGUACGACGUUCUGAUCCUGAAACGCAUCGAAGCUCUAGAGAUACUCAUACUCGAUACAGUGAUAGUUUCAAACCUCCAACAUCUAGCACGCCACGUGAAAGUCGUUACGUGGAAAGCAAUCGUACACCUAGCGGUUGGCACUCGGGACCUACAUCUUCAAAAUCCUUCAACUCUGUAACGAGCAGUGGGUCUCGUGAUCCCCGCAACGAGCCCUCCAGCUGGAGCUCUAGAUCGUCCGAUAGCGUUAACAGAUGGAGCAACUCAAGUAGCAUGGGAAAUACACUGCGGCAUCCGAUCCCACCGACGUAUCAGAGCGGACCGAUGCAAUCCAUGGGACUAACCGCGCCCGGGACAGCGCCGUCGUAUGAACGAUUUGAGGCGUACAAAUCGUCCAUGCCCAUGAGAAAAUAUUGAUUAUCGGACUGUGUGCAUUUUCGCGACCACGAACAAUCGUUCAAGUAACCUCGCGGAAUUUUCAGAACUCCUGAACGACUACUGGGAUACUAGUAGUGCAACGUGCGGAUAAAUCGCGACGGAUUUAAGUUAUUAAUUGCAGCGUCCGGUCUUGAAAGUAUAGGAAUUCCAAUUCUGUCAGAAACGUUUUCCGUUUCCACGCCCGCUUGGCCGAUUAAAGAAUCGCGUACAUGUACCGUCAACAUCAUGUUCUGCUGCAAUCGAACAAAAUAUCGAUUUUAUAUACAAUUCAUAUUGUGCAUAAUCUUAUCCAAGAAGAGCACUCGUAAUUUCGAAUUAUGCGCGCUCCGUUCCAUCUUUUCUCUUCUAUAUGUGUCUAUUCGGCAUGAUAUAACUAUUCGCAUCUAACAGAUUUUUGUACAUGUGUUAAUAGAUUCCACUAAAGUGUCCCUUCGAAAUGAAAUGAUUUAUUUUCCUAUCAGUUUGUAGAGCGCGCGCGCGCCAACUAUUUGUUUUACAGAUAUCGAUCGGCUUGAAUAGCUAUUGUCGUUUGACAAAAAGAUCGACUUCAAUGAAAGGGACGUAGAGGCUAUAAGUGCACCUGUUUAUCUUUAACGAGUUUGUUUUAAUAGAAUGUAAUAAUGAGCGACGAAGGAUGUUAUGUCGCAUGAUUUUCUUGUAUUCUCCGGAGAGAAGCAUGUUUUCUCUCUCUCUCUCUCUCUCUUUUCUGUCUUUCCUAUCAAGAGUAUAACCGGAAUCCGCGCUGGAUUUCGGAAAGACAGGAGAGAAAUAUACGUGUUGAGUAACGCGGUAGCUAUGCCUACUUUAUACAGCGAAACGCAGGAACUCGAUGUAGCGGCAACUGUCGCAGCAACGUAAAUAAAUUUAGGCAAUAUUACA